AAUUCUUUUGCCACAGCUACGUAUAUAAUACCCCCUCGACCUACAUAUAACAUAACAUACAAUCGCCAUCAUGGUCGCCAAGCGCAAUGAACCAUGCUACGUCCUCGGCGUGGGCAUGACCAAAUUCAUCAAGCCCCGAGGAAAGGUCGACUACACGGAGCUUGGCUUUGAAGCGGGCGUCAAGGCAAUGUUGGAUGCACAAAUCAACUAUGACGAUGUCGACCAAGGCGUGGCCUGUUACUGCUACGGCGACAGCACUUCUGGCCAACGAGUUUUCUACCAAUUCGGCAUGACCCAGAUCCCCAUCUACAAUGUGAACAACAACUGCUCGACCGGCAGCACGGGGCUUUAUAUGGCGCGGACCAUGAUUAGCCAUGGUGCAGCGGAUUGUAUUCUCGUGGUUGGGUUCGAGAAGAUGAAUCCCGGCAGUCUGCAGAGCUUUUGGAACGACAGGGCGAAUCCGAUAGGCACGAGUACAGAAAUGAUGAUCCAGACAAGGGGCAUCACGACCGCGCCUAAUGCAGCUCAAUUAUUUGGGAAUGCUGGACGGGAGUAUAUGGAGAAGUACGGCGCAACCGCCGAAGACUUCGCUGAAAUAGCCCGCAUCAACCACGAACACUCCCAGAGAAACCCCUACUCUCAGUUCAAGGACGUCUAUACCCUUGACCAAAUUCUGAAAUCGCCUAUGAUCCACGCGCCUCUCACCAAGUUGCAAUGCUGCCCGACUUCCGAUGGCGCAGCCGCAGCCGUGCUAGUUUCCCAAGCCUUCUUAGACGCCCGCCCACACCUGAAGGAACAGGCAAUCUUGAUAGCCGGACAAUGCCUGGCGACCGACUCCCCGAGCCUAUUUUCUAAAUCUUCCAUUGAACUCGUGGGUGCCGAGAUGACGAGAUACGCCGCGGCGACCGCCAUGAAGGAAGCGGGCGUCACCCCUGCCGACGUCAAGGUAUGUGAGCUACACGAUUGCUUCUCAGCCAACGAGAUGGUCUGUAUCGACGCCCUUGGUCUCAGCAAGACCGGUGAGGCACACAAGAUGGUCCGCAACGGCGACAUCACCUACGGCGGCAAGAUGGUUAUCAACCCCUCGGGCGGUCUGAUCUCUAAGGGACACCCCCUCGGCGCGAGCGGCAUCGCUCAGUGCGCCGAGCUCUGCUGGCAUCUUCGUGGCUGGGCCAACAACCGCCUGGUGAAAGAUACGCGGGUGGCGCUGCAGCAUAACCUAGGAUUGGGAGGCGCCGUCGUCAUCACCGUAUACAAGCGCGCGGACGGGAAGUCGAAUUCGCCCGUGGACGACGCGACCGUCGGGAGGAUUACAGGGCUUGGCUAUAACCCGGCGGUGCAGGCGAAGGGUUUCACGGAGAAGCAGGCUGCGAGCGUGAAGAGUAGGACGAAGACAUCUGCGUGGGCCCUCGGGGACACGGAGAAGAAGGUCGAGGCUAGAUUUUGAGCCAACCACCUCUUCUUCUCCUUGGUUGGAAAAGUUCAAGCUGUUUUGUUGCAUCUUCUUUCUUCCAGGGUAGCUAUUUAUCAGUACACUACUAGUUUUGAUCAUCUGUAUCAAUGCCCGGCCUUCCGUUCCCAUCCCUUCCAAACAUCCAUACGCCCUCGCUAUCUCCAAAAGACUCCAGCUGUAUUAACUGUCAAUAGAUCUAUGCCUGUUCAUUGUCUGGGAUUUCUUUCUCCCUCUCGCUCCCAUCUCAUUCAUCCCCUUCCGGAAGUCCCUUAGUGCUGGGCGCCAAUACCGAAUUCGGUAUUAUCCAUUCAUCCUCUCAAGCCCCUGGGCCCUCUUUCGUAGGAAUACCCAACUAUUGAGUUGCCUACGAGUCAAGAGAAAGACCCUAUCACAUUCCAGCAUAGGACCAGCCUAGAUUCCUCGGCAGACAUCUCCGGCGCAAC